AUGCCAUUAUACGAAUUAAUAGUAAUCGCAAAAGCAAACAAUCCUAAAGGCACAUUAGGGUUAAUUUAAACUGUAUCAAAAUAAAUAUUAGAUAAUGGAGGUAAUGUAAGAACGGCAAACAUUUUAGGAGACCGUCUUUUAAAUAGAUAAUUAAAAAGUAAUGAUGGAAAAAGACAUUUAGUGGGCAGAUAUUUGUAAAUAUUAUAUGAUGGAAAUCCUAGCAUUUAAUAAUCAAUUGAAAAAUAUGCAAAAGAUUCAAACGACGGUAUGAGAAUAAAAACUUUUCGUGUUAAAGACUUUUUUAAUGAUGCUUAGACUUUUAAAAGAGCUUUAGAAUAAAAAUCUCCUAUUACACCUGUUUACAUGUAAAAUAAAGAAUAUUUAAGAAAAUUAAAAGAAAUAGCUAAUAAAUACUGA